CCACGGCAACCAUGGCUUGGUGCGACGCCGCGGAUUCCACCACCUGAAAACAAAACAGGGCAAGGUUUCCUUUCCGGCCGGAUUAGAUUAAUUAACCAAGGUUUUCCACAUCAAGACAAGAAAGAAAUCCCAUCUCCCUCCCUCCACUAGCAGCAAACCAUCAUCGUCUCUUCUUCUUCCCCACCCCACCCGGAAUCUUCUAGAACCCCCCAAAACCCUACCCCCAUGGCGGCCUCCCUCCUCUCGCGCGCGGCAUCCGCGGCCUUCGCCCUCCGCGGCCACGCCCUCCUCCCCAAGGAAUCGCUCCUUCCCUUACUCCUCGUCAUCCUCAUCCUCAACGCCCCCGGCACGCUCCCCGCGGGCAGAGUCGGAUGGGCUGCGCGCGCGGCGGAGGGCGUCGGGUUCGGCUCCGUCUGCAGGGCGCCGCUGCUGUUCGGGAUCGCGGCGCGCUGCAACGCCACGUCGUCGGCGGUCUCCGAGGCCGCCGCCGCCGCCGGCGCGUCUUCCUCGGGAAUACACGCGGUGCCGCGUACCGAGCCCGUCGUGUCCGCCGAGUGGCUCCACGCCAACCUCAGGGACCCCGACGUCAAGGUACUUGACGCCUCUUGGUAUAUGCCUGCGGAACAAAGGAAUCCACUUCAGGAAUACCAGGUGGCUCAUAUACCAGGCGCAUUGUUCUUUGAUGUUGAUGGAAUAUCUGACAGAGCAUCUAAUCUGCCACAUAUGCUGCCAUCUGAAAAGGCAUUUUCUGCUGCUGUGUCUUCUCUUGGCAUCUACAACAAAGAUGGAAUCGUAGUGUACGAUGGAAAGGGGCUAUUUAGUGCUGCUCGUGUUUGGUGGAUGUUUCGUGCUUAUGGACAUGACAAAGUUUGGGUGUUGGAUGGAGGUUUGCCCCAAUGGCGUGCUUCUGGGUAUGACGUGGAAUCAAGCGCCUCUAGUGAUGCUAUCUUGAAAGCCAGUGCUGCUAGUGAAGCAAUCGAGAAAGUCUAUCAGGGACAUUCGGUUGGCCCCUCCACAUUUGAAGCACAGUUGCAGCCUCAUCUUCUUUGGAAUCUCGAUCAGGUGAAAGAGAAUAUUGAUGCUCAGACACAUCAACUUAUAGAUGCUCGAGGGAAGCCUAGGUUUGAUGGCGCAGUUCCAGAGCCACGCAAGGGAAUAAGAAGUGGGCAUGUGCCUGGGAGCAAAUGCAUUCCUUUUCCCCAGGUGCUGGACAGUUCACAGAAGCUAUUGCCUCCAGAUGAGCUCCUUAAACGAUUUGAGCAAGAAGGUAUAUCACUUGAUCAACCCCUUGUGACCUCUUGUGGCACUGGUGUCACAGCAUGUAUAUUAGCGUUGGGCCUUCACCGCCUCGGCAAAACUGAUGUUGCAGUAUAUGAUGGAUCAUGGACUGAAUGGGGUGCUCACCCUGACACACCAGUUGCUACUGCUGUUUAGUCCUACGUGCAGUUUAUGGAGGACACCGCGUUGUAUUUCCCCUUCUAUGGAAGAAGGGCUGAAGAAAAGGAAGCUGAAGAGGUUGGAUGGGUGUAAGGUUGGGGAAGUUAUGCUGGCCAGAGUUUUCGAUGUAAAUUAUUGGAUCAAAAAAAAUCGAAACAAAUAUACUUGGUAAAUUAAGAGUUGAUGGUCUACCUUUCCAGGGCCCCUUCGUGUCUUGAGGCAAUAAUAAACCAGAUAACAGAAUACUGCUGCUGGUGUUUCGUAACUUCUAACUGAAUUCUGUUAUUCUGUAUAACUAAACAACACAAUACGCCUCGACAGAUUGUUAAAAGCUUCAUAUUUUCAUUGUACAAUUAAUUUGGUACACAAAAA